UUGAGUAAAUGUGAAGCUCCAGUUCAAUUGCUUGUAUUCAGAGUCUUUCUUAUUAUAUAAAUAAGUACUAAGUGUUAAGACACUACAGAUGUGAACGAGACUUUAGACCUUCUCUGUCUCUGGUCCACACUCCAGUUCAUUUGGUUGCGGUAAUGCAUCACUAAAGUUGGUUGCCAACCGCCAUUUAAAAACCACUGAAGAAGUGUCAACGGAAGUCAACAGUAACCAAGAAUAAUAUCGGCGGCAGCGUUUUUAUUGUUAUUUAGACAUUUAUCACCUUGGAACUUAAAAUAUUACUUGUAACUGCACAGCAUCACAUACUUACCUCGGGCAGUGUUUAAUUCGCGUUGGAGACAGGACUUGGUUGAUAGAUGUUAUUAAGGGAACGUUAGCUAGCUGCUAACAUUAGCUAACAACAAUGGCUAACAGUAGGCCUGUGGUUUUUCACACUCAAAUAGCCUCCAUCAUGGAGGUGCUAGCGAAUGCAGCCGUGGCAGACAUCUGUAAACUCGUAGACGACGACUAUGCAGUGUUUCGUUUGGAAAUAACUCAAAGCCAGAAUGAAAGCAGGGCAUUGCGGAGGAAACUACAGCUACUUGAAAUGAAGGUGACACGGGAGCGCGCACUCGCCAGUCGUCCCAGUAGUGUCAAGAUUCUCGACCGAUACAAAGGAAUGGCAAGAGGUGAAGCACAUCUCACCGGAGGCUACAGGAGUUCUGUGAAACCAGCGGGACACAAUACAUGGAGAGAUGACCAACCAAUCACAGUUGAUGAGGGGAGUGGAACCUCAACACAGCAUGUUAUUGUGAUAGAGUCUGCAGAUGAAAAUGCAGCAGGUCCUGGGGUCAAGCUGGAGAGGACUGAACGAGAGAAGGACCCACGGCACCAGACUGGAGCAACGGUUGGAGUGUCGCCCUCUGUAGCCAGUGAGGAACUCGCCGCUGCGCCAAAGGCCAGGACCCGACGCAGAAUCACGGAGGAGGAGGAGAGUCCAGAGGUGCUGCUGGUGAAGGAGGAGGGGUAUGAGGAGGGUCUGGGGAACCCUGAGGGGACCAUGGUCAUGGAGGACAACCAGACUACACCACCUCCUGAACCCACAGAGGAACCAGCUGAGCAGCAUAUGACCACACACAGUCACACUGAGUCAGUAGACAUGGAGGAUGGGAAGCCUGACCUGCUGCUGGUAAAAGAGGAGACAGUAGAAGACGGACCAGAAAGCAUUGAUCUGCUGAGUGGACUAAAGAUGGGGGAGCAAGGUGAUUGGUUGGAGGAUAACAGAGGAGACUGGGCGGCCAUCUUGGAUUCCCAGACCCAGACUGCUGCAACCAAGGGCCCAGGGGACAACAUCACUGAGCAGGCCAGGACCAGAGCCGAGAUAGUGGAGUCUGCAGUCCAUGAGGACCUGCUGAUAAUUGGUGUUACUGGCAGGAGAGACCAGACCCUUGAGGCAGAUGGUCACAAACCCUGGCCCCGGAUCAGAACCCUGGAUCAGGAGCCGUCGCUCUUCCUUCCCGAGUCGCAACUAGGACUGAACCCCGAGGGACAGAGACUCCACCACAACACAGAACACAACCAGUGGACAGUUGGACUGAACAACCUCAGUCCUGGUGAUCAUCAGAGAGACAGAGGCUCCAGUCAGGGAUCCAGUCUGCAGUCCAGACCCUUCUCUUCACAGUCUCAGUGCGGGGAUAAAGCAGGGCCUGGGGCUGAUAGACCCUCCUGUUCCUAUGAUACACACACCACAAUAUCUAUGAUGAACAGAGCAGGUCAGCCUGGGCUUCAGCCUUCACAGAGAGUGGUGGGAGAUCCCCCUGGACCUGGGUCUAGCCUUCCUCAGCUGCUUCAUGGUUACCCCACGAAUACAGACAGGGUCAGGAUGGGCAGUCACCACAAGAGGUACCUAGCUUAUUACACAGCACACAAUCCCAACAACACCCAAACAAUGGCUCCAUGUCAUGGAGGGCUCUCUAGUGUCAAUGGGUCAAAACGUGGGAGCGCAGCAUUGGGACGGACGCCGACAAGCCGUACGCCUGCGCUACGUGUAGGAAGCGCUUCGCUAAAGCGAAAUAUGUGAAGCAGCACCAGACCGUUUACACCAAGGACAACUUCAAGUGCAAACUAUGUUACAAGAGCUUCUCCUUCCUGAAUAGCUAUCAGACAUAGGAAUGUCCACAACAGGGAGAAAUCGUAGCUUGAGAUGUUCACUAGGGAUGUCUGGGAACUAGUUUUUUAUUUUGAUGAAGUCCCUCAGUUGAGUAUCUGGAUAUGCGCACAUUCUCACAUGAUACAGACAGGGCUCCCGAGUGGCGCAGGGAUAUAAGGCACUGCAUCUCAGUGCAAGAGGCAUCACUACAGUCCAGGCUGUAUUCUUAACUGCAUUGCUUAAUCAAAUAAAAGUAGCAUAUUUUUUUGUGUGUGCUAGCAUAGCCAAAACACUGUCACAUUAUUGAAGAGUAACACAAUAUUUCCUCUCAGAUUUGGUUUUUUCUUAUGUUCUAUUCAUAAAAUAUACUUUUUUUUAAAUAACAAAUCAGGUCUGCUAAGAUGACAUGACCCUGAGGUCAUGCUUUCAUUGGGGACGAGGUCCAAAAACAACCCCUACUGUGUCCCUUUCCCCUAUAGCCCUCCCAUGGCACUGGGUAGUAGUUGGGGGUUGUCUUUAAUCAGCUAUUUUGUCAUCUCCCAUAUCUGUUAUGUGUAUUAUUGUUAUGAAUCCCCCAUGGCUGUAGCAAACAUUGCCACUCAAUAAUUUACUUACUCAGUCACACAAGUCAGUCACUGUUGGCUAUAUUUAUACUGAUGUACAUCAAAUCAAAUGUACUUGUCACAUACACAUGGUUAGCAGAUGUUAAUGCAGGUGUAGCAAAAUGCUUGUGCUUCUAGUUCCGACCAUGCAGUAAUAUCUAACAAGUAAGGUAACCUAACAAUUUCACAACAACUACCUUAUACACACACAAGUGUAAAGGAAUGAAUACGAAUAUGUACAUAACAAUAUAUGAAUGAGUGAUGCCCGAAUGGAAUAGGCAAGAUACAGUAGAUUGUAUAGAGUACAGUAUAUACAUAUGAGAUGAGUAAUGCAGGGUAUGUAAGCAUUAUAUAAAGUGGCUAGUGAUAAAUUGAUUACAUCAAUUUUUCCAUUAUUAAAGUGGCUAGAGUUGAGUCAGUAUGUUGGCAGCAGCCACUCAAUGUUAGUGAUGGCUGUUUAACAGUCUGAUGGCCUUGAGAUAGAAGCUGUUUUUCAGUCUCCCGGUCCCCGCUUUGAUGCACCUGUACUGACCUCGCCUUUUGGAUGAUAGCGGGGUGAACAGGCAGUGGCUCGGGUGGUUGUUGUCCUUGAUGAUCUUUUUGGCCUUCCUGUGACAUCGGGUGGUGUAGGUGUCCUGGAGGGCAGGUAGUUUGCACCCGGGGAUGCGUUGUGCAGACCUCACUCCCCUCUGGAGAAUAUUACGGUUAUGGGCGGAGCAGUUGCCGUACCAGGCGGUGAUACAGCCCGACAGUCCACCUGGCCGUGCUGCUGCUCCAGUUUCAAUUGUUCUGCCUGUGAUUAUUAUUAUUUGGCCAUGCUGGUCAUUUAUGAACAUUUGAACAUCUUGGCCAUGUUCUGUUAUAAUCUCCACCUGGCACAGCGGAAGAGGACUGGCCACCCCACAAAGCCUGGUUCCUCUCUAGGUUUCUUCCUAGGUUUUGGCCUUUCUAGGGAGUUUUUCCUAGCCACCGUGCUUCUACACCUGCAUUGCUUGCUGUUUGGCGUUUUAGGCUGGGUUUCUGUACAGCACUUUGAGAUAUCAGCUAUAUAAAUUGAUUUGAUUUGUUUUUGGUGGCAAGCCGAAUUUCUUCAGCCUCCUGAGGUUGAAGAGGCGCUGCUUCAUGUCACUGUGUUCAUCAAUGCAACAACAACCAAAACAACCAAAACAAGUCCCUCUUACUGUAACUGUUUCUGUUAUGAAAACCCCCAGAGCUCACAAGCCUAUCUAUCAUCUGUGGUAUGGGAUCUUUACAAACAGUCCUUGACCUCAAGCUGUUUGCUGUAAAUGGCCUGAAUUCUCCAGGUCUUGUGAUGACGGGUGAAAUAUUAAACAUAAAUGAAUGUAACCCUGUACUUGAUAUUACAGACUGACUGUUCUCUACAAACUGGAGUGUACAUCCUUUUAACCCUUUGUUAAAUUGUAAUUUGAAACAGGCUUGUGUAAAUACCUGUUUUAAGAGAGACAGUAAACCUAGGCUAGAACAAGUAUAGUUUAAUAUUUACCUUACUGAUGUUGAUGGAAUAAAGUCAUUCCAUGAUUUUCUACUCUA